GAUUUCAUCUCUACUGUUGACUUUCCACAGACCUGAAGAGCUGAGCAACGUCCGGCAAUGUGCCUCUAAUGGGCAUAAAAAAUAACUUUUUCUUUUUGAUCUGGGCAUUUAAUAAAGUCCAUCGACGCUACGUCUUGAAAAGCACAGGACUUUGAUAAGGAAUACAUUUUUUCGAGUUGCUGUUGAUUUACUAAAGAUGUCUAUAUUGCCUUUCACUCCUCCGAUUGUGAAGAGACUGCUGGGCUGGAAAAAGGGCGAGCAGAACGGACAGGAGGAGAAAUGGUGUGAGAAGGCAGUGAAGAGUCUGGUGAAGAAGCUGAAGAAGACAGGACAGUUGGAGGAGUUGGAGAAAGCCAUCACCACCCAGAAUAUCAACACCAAAUGCAUCACUAUACCGAGGUCUCUGGAUGGCCGACUGCAGGUAUCUCAUAGAAAAGGGCUUCCCCAUGUGAUCUACUGCCGGCUGUGGCGCUGGCCUGACCUGCAGUCCCACCACGAGCUGCGUGCUGUAGACUUUUGCGAGUUUGCCUUCCAUACGAAGAAGGACGAGGUGUGUGUGAACCCUUACCACUACCAGCGUGUAGAGACACCAGUUUUGCCUCCAGUCCUGGUUCCUCGGCAUGCUGACAUUUCCACAGACUUCCCUCCGCUGGAUGAUUUCAUCCCUGAGAACACCAUAUUCCCAGCGGGCAUUGAGCCUCCGAGCAACUAUAUACCGGAGACCCCUCCUCCAGGCUACCUGAGUGAGGAUGGGGAAACCAGCGACCACCAAAUGAACCACAGCAUGGACACAGGCUCCCCAAACCUUUCACCCAACCCUGUCUCUCCUGCAAACAACAACCUAGAUCUGCAGCCGGUAACUUAUUGUGAAUCUGCAUUUUGGUGCUCAAUUUCCUACUACGAACUGAAUCAGCGUGUGGGUGAGACUUUCCACGCCUCACAACCGUCUCUGACUGUAGACGGCUUUACAGAUCCCUCUAACGCAGAGCGCUUCUGCCUGGGCCUGCUGUCCAAUGUCAACCGCAAUGCAGCUGUGGAGCUGACGCGCAGACACAUCGGCCGAGGUGUGCGUUUGUAUUACAUCGGCGGUGAGGUGUUUGCUGAGUGUCUGAGCGACAGUGCUAUUUUUGUGCAGAGUCCGAACUGUAACCAGCGGUAUGGCUGGCACCCCGCCACAGUAUGUAAGAUUCCUCCAGGCUGUAAUCUGAAGAUCUUCAAUAAUCAGGAGUUUGCAGGUCUGUUGGCCCAAUCAGUGAAUCAGGGAUUUGAGGCUGUUUACCAGCUAACCCGUAUGUGCACCAUUCGCAUGAGUUUCGUCAAAGGCUGGGGGGCAGAAUACAGGCGGCAGACAGUGACGAGCACCCCCUGCUGGAUAGAGCUGCAUCUCAAUGGGCCCCUGCAGUGGCUGGACAAGGUGCUCACUCAGAUGGGCUCUCCGAACCUCCGCUGCUCCAGUGUGUCAUAGGACAAACCCUCAGCCUGUUUCAUGUAACCAUACCCUUCUAAUGACAUCGUCUAUUGCUGCUGAAAGCCAAGCAAACAAACAGAGCAAAACCAAGAACGGGGGAGACAAACACCUGCUCAGUGUCACUUUAUCAUUUCAGAUCCUUAUAUUUUGCAGUGGGCAAAAAUAGGCACGUACAGUUGAAGCACUUUGAACAAUGACACUCGAGGAGUGUGGAUGGUAUUACCACAGUGUGAUGAGUUUAAAAUGAGGCAUUUUCCUCAUUCUGAAUUUAAAUGUGAUAAUGAAAUUAUGAUUUUGUCCGUUUUUGUUUUGAUCAAGAAGUGUAUCAUGAAUUUAAUUUGAUCUGAAGGUAUUCAAAUUAUAGGCUCAGAAUAUGAUUGCUUAAAAUCAUAAACAUCCUCAUAGGGGGCCUCAAAGAGUGCUUUGUUUCCACCACCUUCAGUGAAGGGGUCUUGUGUCAACUUUUACAGUGUGUUAGCCUGAAGCUAGAGCUUAAGGAAGCUGUUUGUGUAGGUUUGCUCGAGUAAAUUGCACUGCACUGGACAGGUCAGUAUACAAUGUGAUUGCGAUUGCCGUUGGUCUCAUGCACGGUCGACCAGGUUUGUAUACUUCUGACAGGAACCGAGUGUGUCGAAUUAUAACAGAGGUACUUAGCCUUGAUUAUGAAAAGCACUUUUUUUAUUACAACCAAGCGAUGGUGUGAACUACAAAAUAGCAUUGGAAAUUUGUUAGUGACAAAUGCUGGUAGCUAAUACUGCCAUUUUAUUUCUUUAACUUGAUGGUCACUGUUCGAAUUUUCCUCAGCAAAGACAUUUUUGUAUUAAGUAUUUUUGCAUUAUAAGCAGAAUGGAGAUCGCGGAAGUAUAUUUUUACUGCUGCCCUAGGGUGUUCACUGCCAUGUUACACAUAGAUAUAAAACAAAAAGUGCUCCAGGGCUUUUGAAACUAAAUUUCAAAGAUAAAGAUUUCUCCAGAGUUUUGACUGUUGUCUGUAAUUUAGUGAUGAUAUAUAGCAUCAGACUUUCAGCGAAUUACACCAACUCCUAUCGAAAUGACAGGAUUUUGCCUGUGAAAAUUCACAGAACCAUUCAUGUGACCACACCAUAUCAUAAUGAGAUAUAUAUAUAUUUUUUUCAUUUCAGCAGUCGCUUGAUUUCAUUGUCCUUUUGUUGAAUCUGUUCAAUGUAUGAUUGGCGCAUCAGAGGGAUAUCUCCAACUCAGGACUAUCAAUCCAUUCUCAAAACUCAUGAAACAACUAACAGCAUUUCAUAUCUCUACAUUCUACAAUAUUUUACUGUCAGUGAUUUCAGAGUAGUUAAUGAUGGAGUUUAGUUUUUUUUUUUUACAGAAAAAUGGAGUGCAAGUACUGCUGGCAGCUCUUGGAAUGCUUGUAUUUUUAUGUAAAAAUGUAUUUUACAAGAGAAUAAUGUAAAUAGCUAGACUUUUAUGUGGACCCUUUGCUCAUCGGGUUAUUCCGAUUCCUUGAUUUGUUAGUACUGACAUUUAACAACUCAGUGCACCAUCUGGCUUUUUACAGCAUAAAUCAGCAAUCAAAAGCAUGUUUCUCAUUUUUAUCGGGUGAUGUCUGGUCUCAAGAA